AGCAUCUCCAUCCACGUUUUUGUGUUUUUGGCCGUAACGUGGCAUGCACAGGUGGCAUUGUUCACUCUUUACCUACUGGCUGGAGAAGAUACAGAGUCGAGAUGGAAAGCCCAGACCUUAAGAAGACUUCGGCGCUCCCUAAGCCUGCUUCACGCCUCCCUCAGAUCUCCUCGCCGCCUCGUGCUCUCGCCGAACUCCAAAAUGCCAGCAUGAAUGCGCGCAGCGGCAUUCCCCCGCCAAUGGCGAGCACGAAGCACAAGCCAUCGAGCUUACCCGAACCGGCGACGAAAGUACGACGAACCCUAGCCGACAGGGCCGGCGAUCCUGUCACUCGCAGACCCACCGCGCCACAGAGUUCGCGACCUCUGUCCUCCAGUGUUAAGGGCACUGUUACAAGGAAAGAGCGCGGUUUCUCCGCUUCGACAUCCACGUCUCGCGCUGGGUCACGACCUGCCUCACGAACCGCGACCGCGCCCUCCUUCAGCGCCAGUGUUGGGCCCGGCGCAAAGACAGCAAGGCCUCGAUCGGCUUACGGACAAUACGCCGGCACACACGUGCGCAGCAAAUCCCAUCAUUCGACCGCCCGCCCGGCAACAUCGAUGUAUCGCCGGGACGAGGAGGAAGAUGAUGAGGAAGAAAGAGACUUCUACGACGAUCGAAUGGAGGCUAUGGAGAAGCAGUUCACUGCUUUCAAGGAGAAGAUGGAGACAGACAUGCAGAAGGCAACAGAUCAGAAGGAGAGCAUCCAGCAACUUCAGAGUCGAGUCACCGAACUCGAAGCCAUCCGCGCCCGUCUGGAGAGCGUCAAUAAGGAUCUCGAGACCGACUUAAAGGAUGCAAAAAGCUGCAUGAAGACGAUGGAGAUGGAGAUGGAGAUGACCAAACGCAAUACCGCAUUCGAGGCUGACGACACGCGCCGAAAGUACCGCAACGAGAUCGAAGAUCUAGAGAAUAAACACGAGAAGGCGACCCGCCGAUGGCAAUCCGAGAAGGAAGCAGCGGAGGAGACGGUCCGCAAGAACUUUGAGGCGCAGAUCGACAAGCUCCUCAGGGGGCACAAGGAACAACUGGACAAACUGAACGCCAAACUCUCGAAGGAGACCGAGGCAGAGCGCAACCGACAACUGCAGAAGGAACAAGAGGUGGAGGCUGAGUACGCCUCGAAGCUGCGCGCUGCAGGCAUCGAAUCAGACGCUAAGCAGCGUGAGCUGCAGUUGGUUCAGGGCGACCUGACCAACGUGAAGUCCGAGCUGGAUCGGGAACGAGCGCUGAAGACUGCCCUCCAGGGACAGCUGACAGAGUCCACCACCAGAAAUCUUACGCUCGAAUCUUCGAACACCGCCAUGAAAGAGAAGAUCAACUUCCUCGAGUCGGACAGCCAGGCGCAAUCAUCGGCGUACAACGAGCUCCACAGGCGCAUGCAGGAAGCAAUUGAAGCUGCUGAGCAGGCGCACGAAAAGCUGCGACAAGAAGAGACACUGCGACGAAAACUGUUCAACCAAGUCCAAGAAUUAAAGGGUAACAUCAGAGUGAUGUGCCGUGUACGACCCGCACACGCAUCUGAGUCGGACCCAGCCAAGAUCUCCUUCCCUGAUGUCGACACAGAUAGCAAGGAGGUCGCCAUACAAGGACCUGAGAAGAUCAGUGCCACUGGCAAGGACAUCACAGCCGCGUACCAGUACUCCUUCGAUCGUGUCUUCGGCCCCAAGUCCCAGAACCUCGAGGUCUUCGACGAGAUCAGCCAGCUUGUGCAGAGCGCUCUCGACGGCUACAACGUCUGCAUCUUCUGUUACGGCCAGACUGGUUCUGGUAAGACAUACACAAUGUCGUCACCAGAUGGCAUGAUUCCUCUUGCUAGCCAACAAAUCUAUGCGGAGGCCAAGCGUCUCGAAGAGAAGGGCUGGCGAUACAAGAUUGAGGGUUCGUUCAUUGAAGUCUACAACGAGACUUACAAUGACUUACUCGGCCGUUCUGAGGACCUUGACAAGAAGAAGGUCGAAGUCCGACAUGACCCUGUCAAGAAGCAGACCAACCUGGAGAACACGGUCAGCAUGGAGCUCGACGGUCCUGAUCGAGUAACUGAGCUCCUCAAGACCGCCGACAAGAACCGCACAGUGGCUGCCACAAAAGCGAACAUGCGUUCUUCGCGAUCCCACUCCGUCUUCAUUCUGAAGCUUGUAGGCACAAACGCGAUCACGGGUGAGAGGAGUGAGGGCACCCUGAAUUUGGUCGAUCUUGCUGGAUCCGAACGCCUCGAGCACUCGAAGGUCGAGGGCGCUCGCCUGAAGGAGACACAGAACAUCAAUAAGAGCUUGAGCUGUCUCGGCGAUGUCAUCAACGCCUUGGGGUCAGCAAAGGAGGGUGCUCACAUCCCAUACCGCAACUCAAAGCUGACCUACCUUCUCCAAUACUCGCUCGGCGGCAAUUCGAAGACCCUCAUGUUCGUCAUGGUCAGUCCAUUGCAAGCUCAUUUGCAGGAGACAGUCACCAGUCUCAAAUUCGCAACGAAGGUGCACAACACACACAUUGGUACUGCAAAGAAGCAGACCAAGACAGCGUAGAGAUGAUAUCAUCUAAGACGAAGCCGUGUGAUGUAGAUGGAGUUCACGUUGGGGUGUCACUUGUGUACGUAUUUUUCCUGCAGCGGCUCUUGAAGCGUUCGAGGCCGUGUCGCUAUCAUAUCUGUUGGACUUCUUGCGGCGCUCUCGGGGCUUGGAAGAGCAUCUGCAGCCUAUGGCUGGCUCACCCCUCAUGAUUGCGUACUAUACUGGCGUUGCGAGUUUGACUAUUUGGGUAGCAAUGCAUCAUGAUCUGCAUGUGAA